AUGUCUCGAGUUGUAGAGGAGCCACUUGGCCCACUGAAUUUUCUAUUGCGGUUGGAGGAUGGGCGUGAAAUACAAUUCUCUUAUCUAUCUAUCUAUCUAUCUAUCUAUCUAUCUAUCUAUCUAUCACAGUCUGUUCAUCUAUCUAUCUAUCUAUCUAUCUAUCUAUCUAUCUAUCUAUCUCCGCCUGUUUAUAUCUAUCGAUCAACGUAUUUUCGUUUCUUCCCUAUCUGUCAUAAUUCAUUUAUAUUUAAGUUAAUUCCUAUCUAUCUAUCUAUCUAUCUAUCUAUCUAUCUAUCUAUCUUAGCUCGAUUUAUAUCUAUCUAUCCCAGUCUGUUCACAUCUAUCUAUCUAUCUAUCUAUCUAUCUAUCUAUCUAUCUAUCUAUCUAUCUAUCUCAGCAUCGGCGUUAUUUUCUAUCUUUUCUAUCUAUCUAUCUAUCUAUUUGUUAAUCUAUCUAUCAUUUAACUUCUCUUCAUAUCUAUCUAUCUAA